GCCCUCGCUUCCGUAAUCUCAAAUCAAAGACCGAACAAAAGCACCAAAAGUUUCAAAGAAUCGUUCAAGGUGUGUGCCUGUGCAAGUGUAGCUUUUAUCACUCGUCGAAGUACACGAACGAACCGAAUAAUAAUGGCGUACACGAGCACUGAAUAUUCUUCCCGACCACCGCCUUACAAUCAACAGAUUGGAGAGACUGGCGUGUUUGUCGUCAACCAGCAGCCUCAGUCAAGAAGGCAAUUUCAGUUUCCUAUCAGCUUUCCACCUGGACCUGUUUUGGCCGUGUCGAUUGGAAAGUGUAUCAUUGGGUCUCUGUAUAUCAUAUUUGGCAUUGUCAACAUUUUUGUGAUCCCCUACUUCACCUCAUAUAUUGCAUUCCCAACAUGGUGCGGUCUUUUAAUACUUGCAAAUGGAAUCAUUGGUUGCUGUCUUUGGAAGGUGAAAACAAGAUGCUUGAUUGCUGCCUUUUGUGCCCUAAGUAUCACAUCCUUGAUACUGACAGUGAUUAUGCUGGUAUUCUACUCGAUUUCCUUGAAUUACUUCACCGAUUCAAGGUUCUAUUAUUACACCUGCUCUUACUAUGGCUCCUGUUACUACAUCAGAGUAAUUUCAAGUUCCACUGUGGAGGCAUCAAUUGGUUUAUUAGGCUUCCUAAUGCUGUUGAUCUUGAUUGAGCUUGGGUGCUCUAUUGCUGCUGUUGUUUACUCGUGCAAGGCCUAUUCAAAAUGCUGUUCAACCUGCCUCAUCAAUGACUGUUGUGCCUGUGUUGGCUGUGGUGAAUGCGAUACAAGGCCAUUGAAUAAUACCAAUCAGCAAUUACGACAACAAGGUGGACAAAGUUUGCAGCCGCAAAACCAAUUCAGCUAUGGCCAAUACCCUCAGACACAACAACAACAACAACCAGAACAGCAACAGCUUAUGCAACAGCAACAGGCAACCAUUGGAGUUACACAAGGAGCAAACCCGUGCAGUGCCUUACUCAAUGUUAUCAUUAACAUGCCUGGAGCGUCUUAUUUUGUUGACACCGUCAGACCAGGCCAAAAUCAGGGCCAAAAUGAUUCACAAGCUCAGACAGUGUGUGUGACAAUCCAUCCUAGAGAUGGAAUGCAGCCCAGCGGAAGCAGCCAGCCACCAGCGGAAGAAAUCCAGGCAGUGAACCCAAGUGCCCAGCAAAUUAACCCGAAUUUUGCUGAAUCUUCUAUGAUGGGAGCCCAGAAGAUGUAGCACUCCGCAAGAGGGUAUCCAGGCAUGCUUGCCAAAAAUGAGGCUACGAGGAGCUUCAUUAUAAAGUAUAUUUCUUGGACCUUAUAUAUAGCUUAUAAGCUUUGCCGUAUGUAGAUGUAGUGUUUGUCUGUUAUUGCAGUGCUUUACAUCAUAGCCUAUAAUCUAAUGAUUUAAUCUUCUCUAGUAUGUUACAUGUGAUUAAGAAUCGUGUAGUAUUUUUCCUCCUAGAGUUAAGUGUGGUAUAGAGUUCUCGUUUAUUGAAAUUGCUUUUAUGUCGUCCUUGGGUUUUUAUUUACUAAAGGUAAAUUAGCAUCCUUUCCCGAAGCACGAUCCCUAGGAAGACCAGCAUGAUAUAUAAAUUAAUCUUUACUUUUUCUUUUUUAAAUUAGUAGCUGAUAGGGUUUCUGUAUAUAAAUAUGAUAAAAUGAAAUGAAAAGAAUUCUAAUUAUUGAACCGAUCUGCAGGUCAGCAAAAAGCUAGCAAAGUAUAUCUGCUACUUUCAACUUUUCGCUCAUAACUGUUUUAUCUUUACAAUAGGUUUUACUUGCGAGGCCAAAUUGUCGUAUUUAUUCGUUUCAAUAGGAAAAGUAUAAUUUCAUGGUGAAACCCUAUCAUCAUAUUGAGUAUAUAUUUUACUUGAGUUAGAAAACAUCAGCAUAAUGUUUUAGCUAAAAGCUAAAAGCUUUGCCUUGAAUAGUUUUUACAACGGCAGCAUCAGCCUUUUGAGAAUGCUGCCGAUUGAUUUUUCUCUUGGUUUCGUGAUAAUGCUAGUUGCAGUCACUGUGAUCACCGAUCAAAUACAUUAUAUUAGGCUUCAAGCAACGUAGAUUGCCUAUUAAAAUGGACUUCAAUAUGUCAUGUAUACUGUUAUAGAUGUAUGACAUAUGUUAUCUUAUACUAGACGA